UGUAUGUCAGGUGUUUAAAUCACAUUUUUUGAUUUGAUGUCUCCUAACAUAAAUCAUUUAAAUUUGUAUAUUGACUUGUUUCAACAAGGAAAUGUGUGUACAAGUGGUCUGAGGUAGUCAUAGAAUUCAAGAACCAAUUUCUGAUGAGAAAGAAUGAUGAAUGCCAAAAUGUUUUGUCAAUUUUAUUUUACGGCCACUACAAGCACCAAUCUGUCUGUUUUGUAAUAUCGUACCAAUGUAUAUGCAUAAUAAUAUUAUUGACUUUAUAAUAUUAAAUUAAUUAAUAUUUAAUGUUCUUAUUUAAUUAAUAAAAUAACAAUGUAUUUAAUUAAAUUCCCUGUCUGUAACAGGUGUGAGGUAGACUUCGACGAGUGUUUGUUAAACCCCUGUGAUAACGGAGGCUACUGCCAAAACCUCCCCAAUGGCUUCCACUGUGAGUGUGGGAUCAACUUCUCAGGCGACCAGUGCACAGUUGAUUGCAACGACUUCUACUUGUACCUGGGCCUGGUGCAGUUACAAUUCAUGCUCCAGCUCAUUUCCUACCUCAUCCUGCACAUUGAUGAUGGCCCAGAGAUAGACUGGGAACACCAGCAGAUGGACAACGACGAGGAGCCCAUUGGGGCCAACAUGGAUGACUGAGGGGCUAAUGGAGCCAACAUGGAUGACUAGGGGCCAUUGGGAGUCAACAUGGACAUCUAGGGGCCAUUGAGAACCAACAUGGAUGACUAGGGGCCAUUGGGUGUCAACAUGUGCUAUGACGAGUUGAUUGAAAGUUUUGCGUAGAUGUUGCCCACACCUCUUAGACACAAGUCUAGGAUCAGUAUACCCUCCCCAUAUCCUUACCUUCACCAUUAGGGGGUGGAAUGGAAAAACAGACCUCAGAUCACAUCUAGGGGCAUUCCAUCCCCUUUUAAAAAUGUCACCUAAAAUGACAUACCCAAA